AUGAAAGUUUCUAAUAUAAUUUUACUCAUUUGUCUAUUCCUCUUCACUUUUGCUUACGAGUUGACUGUUGCCACAAGUGAUACUUCCAACAUUCCCCAACCAGUCAAUUUAUUUCAAAAGAGAGCAUCCCAAGCCACAUGUUCCUGUCCUAGAUGUGGAGGAAGUGUAACCUUAUCCUUCCUCUUCUCAAUUGAAGUUAAAUGUCCUACCAAAUGUCCAACUGGUUAUUAUGUCAGUGCAAUGGAUCUCUUGGUUUCACCAAAAGGUGACUACCACACCUACAUUAUUGAAACAACAUCCACUGAUACCUCUGUCAAGGUGGCUGAAUUUUCUAAAGAACAAACCAGGUACAAUGUUGGAGAAUGUUUCAGUGCCUCUAAUUCCUUAAUUCUUGAUACCACUGAUUACACUACCAAACUCUCAUGUAAGAAUAGCAUUACCUCCUGUUCAGUUGAUGUACAAAAUUAUUGCGCUUGUUCCAAAUCUGCUUCAAAAUUGCUUAUUAUUGCUCCUUCACUUGUUGUGGCUGGAUCCAAAUUCACACCUGAAGUUAGAAUUGUCGAUAGUGAUGGAAAUGUUGUUCCAAGAAAUUAUUUAAUUGAUCUAACCUACCCUGGUUCUUUACACUCUUCCAUGGCUUCUAAUGGUAUUAUGAAAGGUCCAGAAAUCACUGCACCAAGCUCUGGUACUGUUAAAUUAUUCGCUUCUAUCAAUACCCAAUUUAUGUCUGCUCCUUCAUUGACAUCUGCUGAGUUUACAGUGACUGCCACUCAAUCUCAAUUCACUUGUUAUGGCAUUGCACCUUCCAGUACUACUGUCAGUAAAGGAACAUGUAGUGGUCAAGAUUUGUGUACAUGCUUCUCAGGAUACACUGGUAGUAAAUGUGAAACCUCCACCACAGUCACCCAACCCAACCUUCCAGUAUCAAACUCUCACUUCCAUCCUCUGUGA